AAGGGCAGGUGUCUUUUGGAAGAGGAGCAGGCGAGGAGCGGCUGAAAUAAGCAUACUACAUGGAGCAUCUGCGGAGUUACCAUCUUGUGAAGAAAAAUCCUACUGAGUGUCUGUUGGUGAAACCAGAGGAUCUCAACGACUACGUGCCACUGGUGUCAUACUUCAUCUGGGGCUGCCUCCUGAUCACUCCCAAGACAUUCUUAUUGAAAUAAAGCUGCUGUCAAAGACAUCUACAAUGCUGCUCCGUGUGAUAGUGUCAGAAAGUGAGAUCAGACGUCUUGCAGUAGAAGACGUCCCCUCAAGCAUUGAGGAAAUGUACCAGGUGUUAAGAACCAAACUUGGUCUAAGAGGGGGAUUCAUUUUGCAGUUCGAGGAUCCUGAUUUCAAUAAUCAGUUGUGCAACCUAACAGACAUUAAAGACCUUCCUGUAGAGCGGGCAACUUUGAAAGUAUUGUUCACAGCUGAUGACACCUCAGAUUGUACACUGGACACAGCCAGCCUCCCUUCCGUUAGUAGUGGGGAUUCUGUGGAAUGGCCUGCCCCCUUCCCAAUUCCGCAGUUCUCACACGAUGUGGAGCUGCAGCUGAAGGAAGCAAAUUGUAAAUACUGUAAUGAUGGAACUCUGAUGGUGAUUCCUAAAGGUUUAAAGACUAAUAUCCUUGACACACUUGCAGACAGUAUGUCGAAGAUUAGUGCUUAUCCCGAGAGGCAGCACUAUGAAAAUGUAGCCAAAGCACUGGUGGAGAAGCAUCCCUGUCUGCUAGAGCCAGGGUCUGACAAGGGAUGGUACUCUUGGUUUCACAGCCUGAAAUUUAAACUUGGUAACUUCCGGCAAAAGUUAAGUGCAGCAGGAUGCCCUGAAGUUGUCAUAAACAAACGAAAAGGAGGAGGUUCAAAGGGAAAAUGUGUGAAGAAGUCAAAGAAGGGUGAGGUGAACUACUGUCCCGAUCCACCUGAGGGACAGAGCCCCGAAAUCGUGGAGGAGAAGCGCAAGAUAAUGGCGGCCGAAAUGAUGAAAAGAGACCCUGAUCACCAGCUAUUGGGGGAUAUGAUGGUUGCCACGUUUUCCCAGCGUAGAAAAGAAAUCAUUGGAGAUCAACCACUCAUCACAGAGGUCAUUUCCCGAUGGCCAGCUCUGUUCCAUGGGAGACAGAUUCAGGCAGAAUUCAAGAGAAUCGUCACCACAGACCUUCUGGAAUCUUUUCUCGACGGACUUGAUGACCUGGUCCCAAGACUGCUGGACAUAUACAAAGCAGCAACCAAAUCAGGAAAGAAGCAGCCACUCAAAGACAUUUUGGACUGCCUUGUGAAAGAUGACACAAAUGAGAAGAGGAGGGCUGCUGCUCUGCUUGGUCUGCCACACUUCAUAUCAGGCGAAGAUCCCUCAGAUGUCAUCAGGAUGUGUGAUGCUCAUGUUGAGAUUCUGGAAGAAGCCAUUAAGGGGAUGCAACUUGGCCUCCUGAUUGGCUAUGACGGUGGUGAACAGUCUGCCAUUCCACACGAGGUCUUCGAUGUGGCAGUUGUGGUCGAGGAGACCAUUGUGCUUCACAACAUUAAAGAUGUGGCACACAGCUUUGCCAUGCUUAUGGGUGUCAUCUACUGUGUGAAUCUUGAGUAUCCAGAUGCUAUGAAGCACUCCUUUGAGUUUCUUCAGAGAGUGGUAAUGAAGAUCAAACCAGACCAAGGAAAAGAGUGUGGGGGUGAACACUACAAUUAUGCCAUGGAAGGAGAGAAGAGUUUCAAGGUGUCUCGCUCUUAA